AUGGAUAUUUUCGGCCGAAUCGCGCCGCUCUAUCUCGCCCCAGUGAACAUUGAGCGCGUCAUCGAGAAGUUGAGAAGGACGCGCCGAUCGGGCCUUUGUCAAGUGAAGCCUGGCACGGGCCCAGCUUCAGCCCCGGCGCGCGACGUCUCCAUCAGAGAGGAGCACUACAAGUCACCACAGACAGUGACCUGCGAUGGAAUUAAGAGUGUGCUGCUAUGGCCCUCCUGCUUCCCCGACAGCCCGACCAGACCCAGGCCCCGCCACAGGCCCAGCGGCCCGGCUCCGAGGACGACCAUUAAUCUCCCCGAAAGCGUAGGAGUCUCCGCCGCGCCGUUCCUGGGGCCGCGCACAGAGGGCGCCCUGCAGGAUGUGGCUUUUUGGCUCCGGAUCAGAGGGAGGAGGGCCUACCUGUGGUCCGGAGCAGAUGCGCGGCUGACGGGGGCGCUCCGUGGAGAGUAA